AUCCGUCACGUGGUCGCGGGUCACACUGUUUGCAAAAUGGAGUUGUCUGAGUCCGUGCAGAGGGGGCUACAGUCUCUAGCCGACCCCUCUUCCUUCGAGCAGAGCAGCUUCCAGGUUUUGGCCGAGGUGUCUUUCCGGAGCCUGCUGUCCUCUCACGCGGACCCGGCAGUCCUCGAUCUGCCCGAGCUGAAGCACAUCGAUCAGAUCCUGUUGAAACAAACUCACACUGCGGCGACCACCUUCAUACUGGAGGCGGUCAAACAAAACGCAGACAAGUCGACGAUAAGCUCGUGUCUGGAAGAACUCACAUUCAGUGCAGACAGAAUAGAAACUUUCUACAGCACGUUUCAGGUGACAGUGACAAUGUUGCAUACAACAACAAAAAAAAAAAAAAGUUGAAUUGGGAAUUUUCCACAUGAACUCAUAUCUGUUUGUUGUGUUUCACAGAAACAUAAAAACGAGCUGGAGCGCCUGUUAGCAAGCAUAGGAAGGUGUCCACCUCACAUAACCGACGCGUCAUGGAGUCUGCAGUAUCACAUGAAGAACGCACAGGUCGAUAAGGUCAACGAGCCUUUUUACUCGAUUUCACUCAACACUGAGAACAACGGGUCCACGGAAGAUAUCGACUUCACCUGCACGAUGGAGCAGCUACAGGAUUUGGUGGGGAAACUCAAAGACGCUGCCAAGAGUGUGGAGAAAGCCAGUCAGAUGACUGUUGUUCUUUUCUCUUUCAACAUGCAUCGGACGACCAGGAUAAAGAUCACAGAGCUCAACCCUCACCUCAUGUGCGUCCUGUGCGGAGGAUACUUCAUAGACGCGACCACCAUCAUCGAAUGUCUUCACUCAUUUUGCAAAAUGUGUAUCGUGCGCUACCUGGAAACCAGCAAAUACUGUCCCAUCUGUGAUGUACAAGUGCAUAAAACCAAGCCUCUCCUCAACAUAAGGUCUGACAAAACUCUCCAGGACAUCGUGUACAAGCUGGUCCCAGGCCUCUUCAAAAAUGAAAUGAAGAGGAGGAGAGACUUUUACGCAGAGCAUCCUGUUGAUGCUUCUAACGGAUCUAACGAGGAUCGUGGCGAGGUGGCAGACGAGGACAAGAGAAUAAUUACAGAUGACGAGAUCAUCAGUCUCUCUAUUGAGUUCUUUGAUCAGAGCAGACUUGGAGGUGCAGUGGAAGACAAACAGUCAAAAGAUCAGGUGGCUAACAAGAGGUACCUGCAGUGUCCAGCAGCCAUGACAGUGAUGCAUCUGAGAAAGUUUCUGCGCAGCAAAAUGGACAUCCCGAGUGCCUACCAGGUUGAAGUCAUGUAUGAAGACGAACCUCUGAAAGAUUACUACACGUUAAUGGAUAUAGCAUAUAUCUACACUUGGAGAAGAAACGGUCCUUUGCCGCUGAAGUACAGAGUCCGACCCAACUGCAAAAAGAUGAAAGUGAGCCAUGCGCAGCAGGAAGGCCAAAACAGCGCGAGUAGAUCCGGUCCCGAGAGCGAUUCUGCCAGCGACAAAGCCGGGAGUCCCGCGGGGGCUCCGUCCACCUCCUCGUCGAUGCCGAGCCCCGGCACGCCUGCGCAGUCCCCUCACCCUCAGCUCCCCCACGGCCCAAGCAACGUCAACGGGACCCCAGCUGCUGCCCCUCCGACCCCCAGCCGGCCCUUCACUCAGUUCGGCAGCAGCGGCGGCAGCAGCGGCGUCAACAAGCAGCGGAAGGUCUCUCUGAACGGCUCCGCAACCUCCUCCGGAUGACGCGGGGCUCCGGUCCGAAACAGACCAGCCAACGCCAGACCCCCAACCCCCCCCCCCCCCCCCCCCCCCGCUCAGCUAAUACCGUUUCCAUGCCAACCUAGUUCCAUCGUGUAGACAAUGUUCUCUCUAUUUUCUUCAUUGUUCUGAAUAUUAUGACAUCACAUGUAAGUCUGACCGUAGUGGAAUCAGAGACAUUUCAAAUUAAAGGAAUGAGGAUGUUGGACGUGGGAUUUUUUAAUCACAUGAAAGCGGACUUUGAUGUUGUUGAAAAAAAAAAAAAAAGAAAGUGGGUAAGAUGGACAAAAUGUAUCGCCUUUAAAAGCUACGUCUUUAUUUUACUGAAGUGACUGAAGAUAGACUUAUAUUUUCUUUGCCUUUUUUUUCAAAUGAAACGCGUUUAUCAUGAUCAUGAUGUGUUGGGACAUUUUGAAACCGUCAGUUUAAACAUGCAUGCUCAUGAAGACACUUUUUUUUCCUUUAGGCUAAUGAAAGAGGAUUCUGCGUGUUGCCCCACAGGGUUUUGUAGUUGUUUCUGGCGAAGUGUGAACAGCACUGGCUCCACGAAAAAAAAAACAACAACAUUUAAUUGCCUUUUACUGACUACACAAAACAGUUUCUUAUAGCUGCAAUGGAAUCAUAUUGCUUAUGCUCCAUGUGUAAAUAGGAACCAAACACAUAUUUAAUCAGCGAUGAUGUUAUUCUCUUAUUCCCCUUUGUUGUAAGGGAAUGACUUGGGCUCCUGAUCGACACCAUUUCAUGCUCAAUGACAGAUGUUUUGAUGUCUCCUGUGUUUUCUGUAUUUGUAUCGCUCGAUUGUAUGGACAACUUAUUGUAUUGUUACUGUUGCACAGUAUAAAACAUCUAAAUAAAACAUUUUACACUUA